AUUUGGGAGGCCUAAGGCCAACGUUUUUCUCCUGACUAGACCUUGGUUGUGAUUGACACCAGGCUGUUGUGUUCUUAGCCCUGGCUUUUGACAGGUGAUCAUGAAGCUUCAUGAAACCAUAAUGGAUAUGGAUAUGCCAGAUUAUAGUGUGCCCCUGGACUCUUCUUACACCAUGUUAGAGUUUGAGAACCUGCGGGGGUUACCCACAAACUCAGGACACAGAGAUUCAGGUCUAGGCCCCCCAGAGGUCACAUCACCAGAAUCCAGCCAGGCCAGCUUGCUGACUAAUGGAAUUAAUUCUCUGUGUUCCAUCUGUGGCGAUCGUGCUACAGGCAAACACUAUGGUGCCUCCAGCUGUGAUGGGUGCAAAGGAUUCUUCCGGAGGAGUGUCCGCAAGAACCACGUCUAUUCUUGCAGGUUUAACAGACAAUGUGUAAUUGAUAAAGACAAGAGGAAUCAAUGCAGGUAUUGUCGAUUGAGGAAAUGUUUUAGAGCGGGAAUGAAGAAAGAAGCUGUACAGAAUGAGCGAGAUCGGAUAAGUAUUCGCAGGAACAGCUAUGAAGACAAUGGGUCCCUGUCGAUUGCCAUCCUGACCCAGGCAGAAGUGAUGGCAACCCAGCACUCCUCCAUAAACCCUACGAACAGAACCGAUGUGACCUCGAAAAAGGUGGCCACCAUCAGCGAUGUGUGUGAGUCAAUGAAGCAGCAGCUGUUGAUUCUGGUUGAAUGGGCCAAAUAUAUCCCAGUGUUCUGGGAGCUCCCACUGGAUGACCAGGUGGCAUUGUUGAGAGCCCAUGCUGGGGAACACCUUCUUCUUGGAGUUGCCAAACGAUCUAUUCCCUUUACGGAUUUUCUACUUUUAGGAAAUGAUUUCAUUAUUCCUAUGCACUGCCCAGAACUGGAAAUUGCUCGAGUUGCUAUAAGAAUAUUGGAUGAGUUGGUCAAGCCUUUGAGAGAAAUCCAAAUUGAUGACAAUGAAUAUGCUUGUCUUAAAGCUAUUAUAUUCUUUGAUCCAGACUGCAAAGGCCUGAGCGACCCUGGCAAGGUGAAACGAAUGCGCUUCCAGGUGCAAGUGAACCUGGAGGACUACGUCACGGACCGCCAGUACGACUCGCGGGGCCGCUUCAGCGACCUCCUGCUGCUGCUGCCGCCGCUGCAGAGCAUCACCUGGCAGAUGAUCGAGCAGAUCCAGUUCGUCAAACUCUUCGGCAUGGCCCGCAUCGACAGCUUGCUGCAGGAGAUGCUCCUGGGAGGGAACACCAUGGAAAUGCCCCAGUAUCAUUCUGGGAUGCCCAGCUUAAACCUAGAGCCAGUCACAAGCCAUAUUCUUCCCAACACCCUCAGUUCGGUGAUCCAAGCCGCCCCUGGAUCAGGCCAGAACUGCUCUUUUACACCAGGUCAUGUGUCUACAGACACAUCUGUCUCUUCUCCUACAAGCUCUGGGAAUGAAGAUUACAAAUUGGACCCUGCCAGAGGAUCUGAAAUGCCCAUUCAAAUACUGCCUCAGACUGUCGUACCUAAGCAAGAGAUUUUAUAAGCCAUGAAAGUCAAGAGACUUAAGCCCCCUUGGAAGUCAGCUACAAGCCAAUUUCUUUACCUUUCCAGAUGUGAGCCACCAUGACUGUCUCAGCUGCACAGCCCACCCAGAUUUCAGGGGUUGGGGAUUCCAAUGUUCACAUCCAGUUGGCCACUUGAUUAGGAAUAGGCUUACUGUUGGAGCGAUUCCCCAGGAUGUCUUUCCUUUUUAAAAAUAUAAGAUGGCUAAAAUUUGGAGGUACUUGAAAAUAGAUGUCUCCAACAGCUGUCCAACAGAACUGAAAAACCACUAUAGUCUAACUCCAUUUGGCAGGAGUGAAACCUCUGGCUUUCAUUAGCAUAACACAAAGCGAUACAGAUCCAACUAUAUUUAUAUCCUCAGCUUAAGAUUUUUCAGAAGUGGAGACAAAACCCGAACUAUACAGAGAACAUACAUCUUGAAAAAACAGCCCAUUUGGAAUUGGGUGGAGGGUUUUAUUGGGGCAUUCACCUGAUAAUUAGAAGAAGGGCCUAGCCAUCCUUCAUUCAAUUGCAGAAAUAUUUGCUAAGUGCCUACUAUGUGCAAGAUAUUGUGCUAAUCACUGGCUUGAUUUUUACAUACAAGUUCUAACUUCUAAGACAUCCUUUCUCUGUAUCCUCCUUCCUGCCAUUCACAUGCCUCUCCAAAGCAUUCCAAUGCAACACCUAUUAAAAACCAUACAAUUUCCCACUUCAAGUACGUUACACCAAUACCUAAAACAGAAAUAACUGGUUAGUACUGGGGAAUUUUGGUUUGGUUCUAAUAAGACACAAUAAAGCCAUUACAGAGUGGUAAUAGUGGAAGGAGUGUUCCAUCUAGAGUCAGAUCUAGCCCCAGGCACUUGCCAACUGUGUGGCCAUAAAGGGAGUUUUGGAACCCCAUUCAAUUCAUCUAUAAAAUGAAGAUAAUUUAUGGUUCCCACCUUGCCAAGUUGUGAUAAGGAUCAAAGGAUGUUUAGGGACAAGGUGUGGGAUGAAUAUCCACUAUUAAUAGCAUUAUGAAACCUCUCUGUAGUCAUUUUAACCACCCCCAUCCCUGCCUCCAUUCCUCCUUCUGCACUUCCUAAUCUCUUAGACUCCUUCUAAACCAGUUUUUUUCAGUGGUCGAGUACUUGAAUUAAGCUUCAAGACACAAAGGCCUUUUUGCCUGACACAGAGGAGGUUCAGAUAGAAGCUGAAUGUCCAAAUAAGUAUUAUCCCUCAGGAUACUUCUUCUCAAAAUUAUCUUUAGAAUCAAAAUCAUUUUUAUUCCCAGGGUUGACAAAUCUUUGUCUUAUGACUGUGGAACUGAGUGUUGAAAACAGUCAUUCUGAGUCAUAGUAGGUGACUGAGUAGGGGAUCAAACUGGACAAAACCAUUUGGGUAAAAAAUGAAGGAUGAUAUAGAAAAGGAAUUAGCCUGGUUUCAGUUCUGCUUACCAAAGACUCAAACCAAAAUUGAUUGGUCCUUGAAGGUUAUAUCUAAAGAGGACCUACACACAUAUUUAAGUAAUGAUAGCACCUUUAGCACAAGUAUAAUCUCCCAUGGUGACUUUUUUGAAGAAAACAUUAUACAUUUGAUGUGUAAAUUCUAUUGUUAAAAAAAAAAAUCUGUCCCAUGACUUCAUAGUCACACCUUAUCCAUGAGGAAUAUAAUUAAUACAGGUAUUUUCACAUUAGUCAAGAGUUGUGAAAAUGUCUCAUUACUGAUGUCCUUUUUAUAGCCAAGGCUCUAAAAUAAAUAAAUAAAUAAAUGUGCAUAUUUUGGUAUUGUAUAACAGGAAAAAAAUCUGAUCCAUGUCCCCACAUAUAUAAAACUGCCUAUCUGAAACUUCUUGAACAAUUUUCUACGCACAGUAUUAAUGCUCAAAAAAAUCUAGAAAGUCGUGGUAUUUCUAUUCACUGAAGUUAGCCUACAGCAUGAAAAUGUUAUGACUGCAAUGCAUGUGGUCUUUUCACAGCCUUAAAAAUCUUGCUUCUUCUAAAUGGAAAGGCAGAAAUUAUACCAACAUCCAGAAAUGCCUGAUGCCUUUAAGUUUCAAGUCAGAUCAUGGCAACAAAACUGAAGAUAAGCUAACUUAUCUGAGAUAAGCCUGGUCUGGCAAAGACUCUACCAUGGACCAACUUUGACUAAAUCACUGGUCUGAUCACUACCAAUAAAAAAAUGUAUCUGUUGAUUUUUACAGCUACAUUAGCCUUAAAUGGGGAGCCCUAUAAUGAUUAAACAAUGGCCAGUGAACAACACCAUAGCAGAAAAGUUUGACUAUUAUCAUGCAAUGACCAGAUCACAAUUUUCUCUUGAACUCGGGAAUCAUUUUCCAUUCUAUGAGUUUCCAAUAUCCUAUAAGGCAAAGAAGUGACUUUAGGGGGAGGACUUUUUUCCCCAAACUGAUUUGGCAGAUCAGGAAAUGGAAUCCAUGUCAAUAAUUUGCAUUUUUUUGUGCUUCUUACAAAUUACAUUGGGCAUCCCAACCAUCACUAGAUAUUUGAGGGAAGGGGCAGAAAUCUUGAGCAGCACAUCACUGAGAAGGGCAGCAAAUGCCAUUUUCACUGACCCCAGAUACCCUGUAGGUCCCCAAAUCCAGCGAUGAUAUAGGUAGUUCUCCCUAGCUGCAGCUGCUUUGGUGAGGGAGCAGAAGGCAGACUCAGAUGAGGUUUAUGACAGCACUAUCUAGGACCAAUAAAUGGAUGUGCACACUGGAGGUAGGGGAGCAGGGAUGUUAGGCAGUGUGCGGCAGUGACCUUCUGUUGUCAUUGGCACACAAGUGGCCUCUGCCAACUACAGCUCUGCUCACCAAAGUCAUCAGAAUGAUGAGAUGCAAUAAAAGAAGAAAAUUAGUAAAAUCCAAGAAAUGUUUCCUUUUUAUCUGAUCCCUUUAUUAGUGUGAUGCCAAAGCUCAUUCACGUUUCCAAGGGUCUCUCAAAAACAAUAUAUACCAACUACUCUUUCCCCAGUUUCUGGAAGAAGUUCUGUAUAUAUGGUUAUUAUAGGUAUCAUUACUGAAUUUGUUUUUCCAACUUCUGGCUUUCUUUUUUCUAAAUAAAAUACAAGACCAUUACACAAUUUAAAAAAAAAAAAAAUGUGUGCUGGGCUCUUCUAUGGGUGAAAGGGAAAUUUUGCUCAGGGGCAAACAAGAAAACAAGCACUUACUUAAGUGGCUGGUGUGUGCUAGGCACUGUGCAAACACUAUCUCAUUUUAUAUAGAAUCACGGCACAAGUUCUGUCAUGUACUAGGAUGUCUGGAUUUCACUGCUCAAUAUUUGUUUUAGCUAAUGAUCUUGGUGACCUCCAAGACUUUAAUGCUGUCACAUGUGGAUGAUUAAUAAGACAACUGGAGAAAACCAAUCUGUCUAUGGGAAUUGGGAAGAGAGAGGAGGGAUAAAAUAGUAAGCAAACUGGUGAUAUUGCCAGUUGACCACAAGUCUUGUUAUCUCAGCCAUCCUAGAAAAGUAAGACUUACUCCUGUCAUCUACUCUAAUACAGAUAAACAAAUAUCUUAUAUCUUUAUUCAAAGAUGGGUGUCAAAAAGGGCCCAGACUCUUUAGUUAGUUGAAAAAAAGAGUGUUGAAAAAUCAGUCCUCUUUACAAAUGCAAUGCUACUAAAGACAAUUCAAUCAAGAAUUUAUUAAGCACCUAGUCACUGAGUAUACAGAGACAAAAAAAGUAAAGUUUUUGCCCUCAAGGAGCUUACAAUUGAUUCUGGGGAAAAGGUAAAGAUACAUUAAGGCCUUGGUUACAUACCUGUCUUUCAGCAAAAUAAUAGUAGCUCACAUAGUGCUUAAGAUCUGCAAAAUGCUUUAUCUAAAAUACUUUAUUUCCACUUUAUGAUGUAUAAAACAUUGGUUUUUCAGUAUAUCAAAGGAUCAUGGUUUUGUCAGUGUGAGAACUUUCUCUACUAAGAUCAGUAUUUGAUAAGUUUUUCAUGACUUGUGUCAAAAAUUGUUUAUCAUCUGGUCACCGAUCCUCUGUAUUUAGCUAGGCUAGCUCUCAUACAACAUAUGAGGGAGUUGCUGGCUCACUCAGUCUUUCCAGUUUGAUAUCAGCAAGAGCCGAUUCCCCACUGACAUAACCCUAGGAAACCCAGAGUCACUUCCACACCAAGGUAAGGCAUCAGAGUUCUGAAUGAAGAUAUAUAAAAAGCAUGUAUUAAAAGAAAAGAACGCAGCAUAAAACCUUAUUGGAACUUUGCCAGAGUCCCAUCAUAAGAAAUGACUCUUCAGCUGAAUUUAUUGUAAGUAAAAUAAUAAUACUGGUCUAUUUUGAAGUAACCUUCCAAAAACUAUCUUUUCCUGACUCUUGCCCUUACAGAGGCAGGUUAAAAAAGUCAUAGAAUUAUAGAUUUAGAUCUAGAAGGGGCUUUGGAGAAUAUUCAGUUUGAUUCCCUCAUUGUACAAAGGAAGAACAGAGGCCUAUAGAAGAAAACUGAAUUGCUUAAGUGCCUAUGCCAAAAUCUGAACCUUUAUCCUGAAUCUAAACCUAGCACUCUUCCCACUGCUGUCUCCUUCCUUUUAGAAACAUAAUAAAAAUUCAGAUAGGUUUCCCGCAAGGCUUAUCUGCAUUUAGCCUUUUCUCAGGACAACCACCAAUUCUGAUUCCCCCUAUCACUUGAUAUAAAAGCCACUGAAAUAUUUCUUUGGAAGAGUUUACAGUGGGAACUGAGGUCUCAGAGACAAAGAUUUUAUUUAAAGCUUUACUGGGUCAACCUCUUCAAAGUAAUCAUUGCCACCACGUCCUCCACUCUGAAGAAAGAGGGCAACUGGCAGCAAUAUUCAUCCCAUAACCCUAGCUUCUAGGGUGGGGGACUCAGAGGUAAUUCACAUAAAGUUUUCUAGAUUCUGUCCUCCUUUUUCUCCUAAGGUUUUAAGUUAAGUGAACCCAACUUAAAAAAAAAAAAGUUGGGAUGGUCCAAUUAAAGUGAUAAAUGUCUAUUCAUCACAGAUGGCGAUAAUGGGGUUAAAGGCACCGUUUUGCCCUAAUUGGAGUAUGACUUUCACGUCAAUACAACCAUGUCUCCUUGUUUAGAGCACACUUUUUCUCCUGUUAAAUAGGUUUAUAAAAAGUAAAUGUGUGUACAUUUAACACUACA